AUGGAACGCAGAGAUUCUGUCAAGCAGAAGGAGAAAGAGAUUUUCUGCACUUAUUGUGUCCAGACAUCCGUGGCUGCCACUAAAACAUGCAUUCAUUGUGAAGCCUCGAUGUGCGAAGAACAUCUCAAGACACACAGCAAGUCUCAGGAGCACAUCAUGGUGGAGCCCACCACUUCAAUUAAGGACAUGAAAUGUUCCGUCCAUGAUAAGAUCAUCGAGUUCUGCUGCUCCAAGGAUGGGGCUUGCAUUUGCGUAUCAUGCUGCAUCAUUGGAGAUCAUCGAGGGCACAAAGUGGAUCCCCUAAAGGACGCCUUCGAAAAGAGAAAGGCGAGUCUGAAGGACAUCUUAGACAACUUGACUUUGGAGAGCGAGGAGAAUGACAACAAGCUUGAGAAGCUGCUGGAGAUACGUGAAAGUGUUCAAGAAGCCGCGUCUGGUAUAAAUGAAAGGGUGGCCGCUCUCUUUAGAGAUAUCAAUGAACAACUCGAAGCUCUGCAGACAAGAGCCAACAGUGAGGUCUCCAGACAAGAGCAGCAGUCCACGUUCAGAGUGAACACCUUAAUUCAGCAACAUGAGAAAACAAAGGAUGAGCUCAGCAAAAAAAUACUCGGCAUCAAGGAGCUACACAAUGUGACUGACCCAUUAACUGUGCUCAGGGGUACUCCUCAUGAAGAAACCAAACGUAGGAACUCUCGGAAAUCCAGCAACAGUGACUAUGAAGCCAACAUAGCUCCAAGCUUAGACGAGAGCCCAAUUUCUCUUAUACUGCACAUGGGACUUCAAAGCUUUGCUGAAAGUGUUCUGGAGCUUAAAACCAUACGCCAGUUUUCCAAUCUGAAGAAGACUGACCUCUCCUUAGACAUAGAUACAGCUCACAACAAAAUCAUUCUUUCAGAUGAUCUUAAAUCUGCUUCAUACUCAGCCACCUCUCAGAAGUACACCGAGACCCCGGAGAGGUUUAAAUCUUGCCAGGUUUUAAGCAACAAUGUUUUUACAUCAGGACAACAUUACUGGGAGGUGGACGUAAGUGGGGCCACAAGAUGGAUUCUUGGUGUGGCUUGUAACAGCAUCGAGAGGAAAAUCCCUGGCAACGAGUCUUUUAUUGGAUACAACAAUAAAUCCUGGACCAUAUUUUAUCAAAAGUUCCUUGGAGCAUCCCACAACAACAUCCAAACCACAAUUUCUACUGACUCUAUAGUGAAAUCUGUUGGAAUACACCUAGACUAUGAUGGUGGCUAUAUAUCCUUUUAUCAGGUGAACCCAACUAGACAUCUGCAUACCUAUACUGCCGCCUUCACCAUGCCCCUCCAUGCCGCUUUCUACAUAUUUGAAAACUGCUCUCUCCGAAUUAUAGAUUAA